GAGGUAUUUACAUUUCACAAAACCUGAUUAAACCAUUAGAAAGAUCCAUUAAACAAUAGAAUAUAAUCAUUCAUAUAUAUUGUGAAUUAUGUCAGGAGUUGGUAUUAACUCUAAUGAGACUGUUCCAAGACCCCAGGGUCAAAUAAAUGGUCCGGGACAACCACAAGUUCAUGGCCAGGCCAGUGUAGGAUUAGGUAAUGGAUCAAAUAACGCGUUGCCACCAACUGGAGGAAGAUCAAACAAUAUAGCCACUAAUAAUAAUAACAAUAAUAAUAAUUCUACUAGAUCUAUACCGCGACCAUCACAGCAGCAACCUAAUGCCAAUAGAUAUGGUCAAUAUGGAUCCAAUGGAUCUAAUGGAGCAGGACGAACACCUAAUGGAUCUGGAUCUGGAUCUGGAUCUGGGUCUUCAAACAACACCAGUACCAAUCCUAGAACCUUCAAACCAAUCCCUUACACAGAGGAAGAACAAACUAAGAUUCUGGGACUUCUAGAUAAAGUUCUUGGUCCGGAAUAUGUGUCCUUCCGUCCUGGAGGUGGAGGGCAAAAAGUGUCCUAUAUUGAAGGAUGGAAGGCUUUAAAUCUUGCCAAUGAAAUAUUUGGAUUCAAUGGCUGGUCCUCUGAACUCAUAUCCACACAAGUGGACUUUUUCGAUACCCAUGGGAACAAUGGGAGGUUUUCAAUGGGUCUUUCAGUGGUGGUCCGUAUUACCAUCAGAGAUGGAACCUAUCAUGAAGAUUUCGGGUAUGGAUAUAUUGAAAAUGCUAAAAGUAAAGCUAUGGCGUUUGAAAAAUGUAAGAAGGAGGCAUUUACCGACGGAUUGAAGCGAUGUUUGAGAUGUUUUGGGAAUGUUUUGGGGAAUUGUUUGUAUGAUCGUACCAUUAUUCCUAAAAUACAAAAGGUGAAGCUUCCUGGAGCGGAAUUGGAACCAAAGCAUUUCCAUAGAGAUCCAUGGGUUAAGGAGAGAAUGGCCAAAGAUGCACCCAGAAGCAUGGAUCCACCAAGACCUCAACUGCAUCAACCACCACCACCACAGUCUCAACCAGUACUGACACGUCCUCCCAACAACCCACAGACUCCAUCUGCUCAAUCUGUUCGGACCAAUGCAUCGAUGGCCAAUUCGGCUACAUCCUCUAAUAUCAAUGGUCUGCAUGUUCAAAGACCAGGUCUGGGUGGCAUUACAUCCACACUGGCUCAAGCUACAGUACAAACCCCUCGUCCUCCAACUCAUUCUACCCGUACUGCUCCUACAACACAACUGCCUCUGAGACCACCACAACCACCGGCACCAGAACUCGACGAUUUUGACGAUUCAUUUGUCUUUAGUGAUGAUAUUCAAAUGGAAGAAGAAGAUAUGAGUCAAAAUGAUGGUCUUGAUGAGUAUGAGUUACAAAUGCUUAUCCAUAAGAAUAGAGAAAAUGGUGGUACUGAUGACCCAGCACUUACGGCAAGAUCCAAGUAUGCUACCGCGUCACCAUCCACAAAUGUACAAGAUGAACCUCCGGUAAAUAUUCCUCAAUCGGUUUCAUUUGUGUCUGCCAAGGCUGCAGACCUCAUUCAAAAGAAUCCAAUCAUCGAUGAUCCUUCCAAACUUCCACAAUUUGAUCCAAAGUUUGUUUCUCCAAAUAUGAGAAGAACUGUGGAUCCAACAAAGUCGACUCCUAUCAAGCGGUCAGCGGUAACUGCCCCGCGUACAAGACUGGCUACACUGGCGACUACAACAGCUCUGUCCGCCACCACUCUGUCUGCCAUGGCAACGCUGGUUCUGGCACCAGUAGGGCUGGCAUCUGUGGGGCUGACAUCUGUGGGACUGGAAGAUCAAACACUGUCUCUGACAUUGGCAUUGGCCCUGGCCCUGGCCCUGACACCAACAAUAGGUCUGACCAACAUGGCUGCACCAAAUAGUGUAACUGCACCUGUACUUGGUAAAAGAAUGUUAGGCUUACCACCAUCACAAAAACAAACAUAUAAACGAUUACAUAGAGAUUUAUCACAAGUUUCACAAGUUUCACAAGCUUCUCAAGGUCUGGAUAAGGAAAAUCGACCAGAACCAAAUGCCGCUGAAUAAUCUUAUAAAAGAUAUUGCUAUAAUAUAUGGUAGUAUACUAAGUAAGCGAUGAUGCUAGUAAUUGGAAGAUAAGUUGUUUGGGAGAAGAAGGUCAGAGAGGACUACUCUUAUAGAGUUUUACUUAGUCAAAAGGAGGAUUUAAUUGAUCUCAAUACAAUCUAAUCUAGAGGUACCUACGUAAAAACCUCCUAUAUAAUAUGGAUUUCUAGUGAAGUACCAUAUCAAAUCCCUUAUCAAAUAAACACUUUUCAGCUUUAGAAGAUUAUACUUUACCCCAUAGAACCAGAUAAGAGACCAACUUCCAAUGAUCUACCAGGAAUAUACAUCUAGGGGACACCCUCCUAAAGCUUUUUUCACACUGGUCAGUAAGCUCUAUCUCAUAACAGGGAAAAGAAAGGUUUGUUCGCAUUUUCUUUUGUCCUCCAAUAUCUUUGCAAUCAACCCUUUCAAUUUCUUCCAAACAAAACAAAAUCAAUUCAUAUUUCACCGUCCACCAAAUAUACAACAUACC